UUUAUUUUUUAUUUUAUUUUAUUUUUUUAUCUUUCUCCCCCACAAUUUCUUUUCCUAUAGAGUGUCUAUAACAUAAAUAUAUAGUCUUAUACAAAGAAAAAGAGGAAGGUUAAUUUGUAAAGUUUUUCUUGGUUCAAAAGGAGAAUCACAUAUACACACACAUAUAUAUAUGUAUGUAUAUAUAUAUAUAUAAUUAAUUCCAAAUUGCAGUUAUGACUCAAACACCAACGUCGCCUAUUUCACCCACUCCUUUACAUACUUCAUUUUUUAAUGGAUUCAUAAACAAUAACUCUUAUUUCACACAACAACAAGACAGUCUUACUUCACAUAUAAAAGAUGAAAUUUCGACUAUUUUCGUAGUUGGUUUCCCUGAAGAUAUGCAAGAACGUGAAUUUCAAAAUAUGUUUAUGUUUUCUCCUGGUUUUGAAGCUGCAACUUUAAAAAUACCAACGACAAAAGAAGGAGGAGGAGGAGGAGGAGAAGAUGAAAAUUUCCUAUUUAACAAUCAUAAUAAGAAACAAAUAAUUGGAUUUGCAAAGUUCCGUACUCGUAAAGAAGCCAUAGAUGCUCGAGAUAUAUUGAAUGGACGUAGAAUAGAUGCUGAAAAAGGAUGUUUAUUAAAGGCAGAAAUGGCCAAAAAGAAUUUACAUACUAAACGAGGAUUAUUAAAUGAAACUCAACAACAACAAGUUCAAAAUAAUCAAUCAUUUCAUUUUUUACAGCAAAAGCAAUAUCAAAAUCCUUUUAAUACUACUACUACUACCACUACUACUACUACUAAUACCUCUUCUGCUGUUUAUGAAGCAUUUCAUUCUGUUCCACAACAACCUGUGCCUAAUGAACUUAUUUCACCCAAUGAAAGUUACUCCGAUAUUUAUUCCGAUUUAAUGUCAACUCAAUCUGAUUCGGCCUAUAUUUCUCGUUCUCAAUCUCUGGAUGCUAGAUCAAUGGAUUUAUUUGUUACACCCUCUAUUUCUACAAGUCGAUUUAAUACGACCAAUAAUAAUCGAUUCACAUCUUCAGUUAAUUUCACGGAUGGAUUAGACUAUCUUUCCAAGUCAACACCUACUACAGAUCGUACCUUUCAAAGUAUAAAUGCCUUUUUUCAUAACAUCAAUAGUUCAUCAUCUCCACCUCCUCUUUCAGCUUCCAUAUCAACAGGAAUGACUAGAGUCAUGGAUGAUAAUCAUAACUAUUAUACUCAACAUCAAUCAACAUAUCAUAAUGAAUAUUCUAGCUUUACAAAUACUCGUUUUCAUCCUCUCCAUUCAUCCUCCUCUACACCUCCAAAAUCAUCAUCAUCAACAACAUCAUUACCACUACCACUACCACUACCAUCGUCAUCACCUAGUAUCUUAUCUCCUACAUCUAGUUAUCGUAGUUUAGGUGGUAUUCUAGUUGGUAGCUCAAAUCCUGCAGAUCAAAAUCCUCCAUGUAAUACACUCUAUGUCGGCAAUUUACCUCCAAAUACAAAUGAAGAUGAGUUAAGAGCUAUGUUUUCCAAAUGUUCUGGAUACAAAAGGUUAUCAUUUCGAAAUAAAUCAAAUGGUCCCAUGUGUUUUGUAGAAUUUGAAGAUGCAAUUUAUGCUGCACAAGCAUUACAAGAGUUACAUGGUAAUCCAUUAAGCAAUUCUAUUAAGGGUGGUAUUCGACUAUCUUUUAGUAAAAAUCCUUUGGGUGUACGCCAAAAUACAGUAAAUAACAAUAGCUAUCCAUUGAUGAGUGCAUUUAGUAAAAGAGAAACAAUUACAACUGCUAAUUCUACUACUACUACUACUAAUUUUUGAUUUUAAGUUUUUAUUUAUUAAUGCUUAUUAUUUAUAUAUAUACAACAAAACAUAUAUUCACAUUGAUACAUUUAUCUAUUUUACUCACUUUUGUUAUUAUUACUUACUUUUCUUUUUUUUUUCGUAUAUGUAAAAUGUAUACUAUGCUGGCAUUCUU